AUGAACAACCUUCGUGAAAUUGUGGAGAAGGGUGCCAUCGACCUCAACAAAGUUCUCCAGCCGCUGCAAGAACAAGACGACAGGAUCAGGCAGCAAAUGGACCAGAACAGCAACGUGGUAGAAAACCUGGCCCAUCUGGGAGCUCGAGAUGCUCUCAUCCAACCUCGAAAGGAGGAGAUUUCCAGACAAAAGGAACUGGUCGAGGCAGCGACUUCCAAGUGUGAACCAGAGGGCAAGACUAAGGAACUGGUGAUAGCCUUCUUCUAUCUCGUCCACACCCUACAAUCGGACUGCCGCAAACUUGGAGAAGACAUACUAAAAUGGGACGGGAUUUUCAAUGCGAUCGACUCCCUGGAGAAGCAGAAGAAACAGCUGAUUAAAGAAGAGUGCGACAGGGCCGAGGAAAUCUUGGAGAUGAAGGUCAAGGACGACAGGCGGAAGGACCUUCUCAAGCUUGCGUGGAAUGUCAUGGCCGACGAGAUCAAAUCCGGCCGCAAAGAUCACAGCCUGAGUGCUUCUGAGGGAGAUUCGACAGGCAUUCACUGA